AAGGGCGAGGGAGCAGCAGGGAUGUGUUGUUGACCAGCCCCUUGGGAACGGGCCCGGGUGCCCGUUGGCUGUCCCGAUGCUACACAGCGCUUGCCAGGCGCGGGCUCCCGGGCAGGGCAGGCAGCCAGCGGGAUAUAUUUAGCAACCGCAACAUCCCGGGCAGCCGGAUCCGCUGCCGGGAGGCUGGAGCGCGGGCUGGAGCCGGGCAGCACAUCCCGCUGCCGGGCCGGGGAGAGCCGGGGAGACAAGAAGCCACCCGUGUCUCUUCACCGGGCUGCGGAGCAGUCAUGGCACCCCAGAUAAGACUGAGCCUUUCCAAGUCCCUCCCAACCAUACGUGAAAGCCAUGAGGAAGCACUGGAAGAUUCAACCAGCCACACGGGGCGCACAGGCAGCACUGCAGCCUGCCCGGACUUGCACUCCAGCGACGAUUACAUCCAAUCCAUCUGCCAUCUUGCCAGACCCACCUUCCCAGGCCUUCCUGAAAGCAGCCGUAAGGCUCAGGGCAGAAAGGCCUUGAAGACCCUUGAAGAAGUGUCAUGGACCUCAACCCCUGGGGGGACACAGCCAGAAAAUUCAAAAUGUAAGUUGACCAAUUUCAUCUCAAAUGUGGUGCCACUUGGAAAAUUCACACCUGCAGAAGCUGACUUCUGGUCCAGAGAUGACCCCCUGGCCCAGAUCUACACAUGCACAGGAAAGCUCUGCUCCUCCAAGGCUACUUCGUAUGGUAAAAGCUCUGGCACAAGUUACUCACAGUGCAGCUCUUCCUCCCCCAACACUGAACUUCACCCCCAAACUACAAAAGAAAAAGUUGCGGGGAAACCCAAUUUGCCACGAGUGUUCAGUUUUCCAAGGCUUCCCUCCCCAAGACCACUGCAGAAAGAAGCAGGCUGCUCAGAGCUGAAGUAUCUUCGAAGAGAUGAGGGAGCAGUUUUAGGGAGUUACCAUGGUCAGAGAGAAAACAGCCCCAUGUUCAUUACUGGUGAAGAGUCAUCACCAUGCUCAGCCAGAGGAAAGCUGCUGGGAAACCCAUCCUUGCCCUGCUCUGUAAGGUGGCAGAAUUGUUUGUUCAAUACAGGUGGCACCAACGAAAAAGAAGGGAGAGAAAACUCUCACCGUGACAAAAACGAUGUCCUCACUAAGCAGAGAUACUCCCAGUGCUUCCAGGCAGCUAAAAAAGCCAUGAUCCAUAGCUGGAUUUCAGAGCACAGAUCCAUCUGGAAAGAAGCAAAGGUAAAAGCUUGUUUGCUCCCAGCCAUUGCUGAAGUGUGAAGAAGUAGCUGCUCAGAAUAAUUUUAUUCCCAAGAUACAACCACCCUGUGCUCUAGAAGCUCUCCCUGGAGUCCUUACACAGAAAACAUGGCUUGGAUGUGCAUGCAAGUCAGGCAGACUUUGUGACUCAUCAUAUAUAUCCCUCAUCAAUGGGCAAAGGGACAAUUCAGAAUCUCAUCCACCAAGAAAACAGCAACCAGUUCUCAUUUUGGAAAGGCAACAGUUCAUAGAGCACCUCCCCUCCCCUACUGCCUAUAGCUGCACUGAGCACAGAGAAAACCUGGAGAGAGUACAAACCCCAUCUGUUCUGGAGGAGAUCUGCAGGAACAUCAAUCCACUGGUGUUUUCCAACAAAUGCCAACAGCCAGAUGCUGCUCACAUCUGGACAGUUAUUCUGAAAGGAACAUUUUGACCAGUGUUUCGACAGUAUGACGUGCUCUCUGACAGACACAUUGACUAGGACACCCAGUACAGAUCCCUGAAUCAACACCAGAAACUCCUGAAGAGGUCAUCUGUUUGUGCAGGAGCAUAAAGAAACAUUAUUUUAAAUCUGAAGAAGACUUUUAUGAGGAUUUGCUAGAGAGCAAGAUAGAGAAUAAUGCAGCUCCUCUGGGUGGGGAUUUUCUUCUCACCCUGGCACAACCCUGUUACCUUUACUCCUUGAUUUAUCCUUGGUAGGAGGAGAGCCAGGAGCUCUGGGUGGGCAUUGCUGUGCCAGUGCUGCAGCUGGCUUGGAGCUGGAACCACCUGCCAUGCCAGCUGUACAAAACCCAGACACCACUCUGGUAUUUACCUGAAUGUAAACUCAUCAUUUCUGGGUUUCUGUGUAUAUCUGUGCUUCUGUAUUCUCACCUGCCUGACCAUGCUGACUGUUCUUUGCCUGGUUCUGACACUGAAACAUGAAAAAAACACAUGCAUGUUACAACCAUCCAGCAUAUAACACAUAUAGACCAAUUCUAUUGAUGUCCACGCUACAGGGGGUGUCUGUAGGAAAAGCAACAUUCCUGCACUGUGAGAUCCUGGUGUGGUACCUGGGGACCAAGCAUCCAGGUCAUCCUUGGCUGCUUGUGGUGACUUCUCCAUCCAGACAACCUCUUAUCAGCACUUGCUCCUGCAGUCAGAGCAACCUCACACACCCGUGUUUGAUGCCACACUCUGUAACCAGCCAAGGAAAGUAGGUGAGAAAACUGCAAAGCAAUACUAGCAUAAUUAUUACUGCUGCUACCAGGAGUAAAUCUUUUGGCACAGAAGAGAGAGGACCAGGCUGUUGGUGCAGCUGUAGCUAAGAUGGGAAACACCAUUGGAAAGCUGCAAUUAUAAAAACGUUCACAAGCCAUUUCUAAACCACACUUGAGCAGCUGAAUCAGAAGGCACCUUCUGCUCAGUACCAACAUGAGUGUAAAUAUGCCUGAGGAUCAAAAGAUGAACAUACUUGAGCUUCUCGUUCUCACACCUCUUACCUCAAAUAUUUUCUUUCUCUUGUUGAAACUCAUUAGCCCUCAUUAUGGAGCUGAACUGCUUCUCAUCAUUUUUUUUCGACCCAACCACACACACACAGCAAGAACUAAAGUGGAGGUGACUCCAGCUUUUAUUAGAGCUGAUGGCAAGAGCUGAAUCGAGGAAGGUGCCAGCCUGCUCAGCCUCCUCCGCGUCCUUCCCUUCCUUCUGAGGCUAACACUGGGGUUCAGGUCAUGCUGAUGCUUCUCCUCGUGGCCCUGCUGACAUUUUGAUUUCUCUCCGCGUGAAUAUUUAUGAAACUGAUGCCUAGCAAGUCUUGUGCCAACUGCAUGUAUUGCUGCUUUUGACAGAGAAAAUGAAUAAAAC